AUGUCAGCACUGAUUAAAGCCUUAGAAAAUAUUACUUAUUCAACAAAACAAACAGAUGUUAAUGCUAAAGGACGUGGAUUAUUAUAUCAACUUAAAAAUUUUAAUUUUAUACUUGGACAUUAUAUGAUGGAUCCUAUACUUACAAUGAUUAAUAAAGUAAGUAAAUAUUUACAAAGUGAAAAUUGUGAUUUAUUAUCUGCUAUGAACUACAUUAAAUCUCUUAGAUCUGCUAUUAAUGAUAUACGUUCUGAAUGUAACUUUAAAUAUAUUUAUGACUUAACUGUUUCUAUGUGCAAAAAUUUAGAUGUGACUAUACCAAAACCUAAAAAACGUAAAAUUUCACAACGAAUUGAUAAUGGUGGUAGUAAUCAGUUCUUUCCAGAUACAAAUGAACAAGAAUUAAGACUCGGGUCAUUUUAUCCAAUGCUCGAUAUAAUUAUGAAUGGUUUAGAUGAACGAUUUAAUCAAGAUACUAUAAAUAUAAUAAGUUCAAUAGAUAAAUUAUUAAACUUGGAUAUUACUAACACAGAACGAUUGAAUAGUCUAAUGCUUAUAGCAAUUGAACAAGAAAUUGCAGUACAUAUUGAUGUCGACGCCGUUAUAGAUGACUUCAAAAAUAAAGUUGAUUAUAAAAGAACAAUGACUUUAUAA